AUGGCAAGUAAAGGUUUUGAUGGUGAGAGGAAGUUGCAUGUAGUAAUGUUUCCGUGGCUUGCUUUUGGGCAUAUCAUUCCGUUCUUUGAACUCUCCAAAUUCAUAGCUCAAAAGGGCCAUAAAAUCACCUUCAUUUCCACCCCAAGAAACAUUGACCGCCUCCCGAAACUUCCUCCCGAUUUGGUUUCUUCCAUAGAUUUGGUGAAAAUUCCAUUGCCAAAGCUUGAAGAGCUGCCCGAAAAUGCUGAGGCCACCAUGGAUGUCCGGCCCGAGGACGUCGAGCAUCUCAAGAAAGCGUAUGAUGGGAUGGAGGAUGGUGUCGCACGGUUCUUGGAAAACUCUGAUGCUGAUAUUAUCAUAUAUGAUUUUGCUCCAUACUGGUUGGCACCAAUCGCAACCAGGCUCGGAAUUUCACGCUUCUUUUUCUGCAUAUUCAACGCUUGGUUCCUGGCUUUCCUUGGAACUACAGAUGCGUUGAUUAAUGGACUAGAAGGUCGGAGCAGACAGGAGGACUUCUUGGCUCCGCCGGAGUGGGUAACUUUUGAUACUAAGGUCGCUUAUAGACUCUAUGAGGCCAAGUGGGCUCUGGGCGCAGCUGGAACGAACGCUUCGGGGUUUUCCGAUACGUAUCGGGCAGGAAAGGCGAUUGCGGGAUGUAAUGCCAUGAUUAUCAGACACUGCAAUGAGUUCGAGCCCAAAUGGCUGAAACUGCUGGAAGAGCUUCACCAGAAAGAGGUGAUCCCUCUUGGACUAAUGCCUCCACAGGUGCAAGACAACACCAGUACAAAUGAAGCAUGGGUUUCUAUCAAGAAUUGGCUUUGCACCCACCCCAAAGAGUCUGUGGUGUAUGUUGCACUUGGAAGUGAAGUGGUUUUGAGUAGAGACCAAAUAAGUGAAUUGGCCCAUGGGUUAGAACUCUCCGGGGUGCCUUUUCUCUGGGCACUCAGAAAGCCCGCCGGGUCGGCCACGAUCGAGCUUCCGGAAGGGUUUGAAGAGAGAACCAAGGGUCGAGGCAUUGUGUGGAAGAAUUGGGCACCUCAGCUGAAGAUUCUCGGCCAUGAUGGGGUGGGUGCCUUCUUGACGCACUGCGGCUGGAGUUCUAUAGUAGAGGGGCUGAUGUUCGGCCGCCCGCUUGUGAUGCUGCCCUUUCAGAUAGAUCAAGGGUUGAAUGCUAGAGUUCUGGGUGAUAAGCAGGUGGGCAUGGAAGUCCCCAGAAACGAGCAAGAUGGCACAUACACAAGAAACGCUGUGGCGGAGUCUGUCAGAACGGUGAUGGUCGACGGCGUGGGCCAGAAACUUAGAGACACAGCUAAAGCAACAAGCGCAAUGUUCGGAGACAAAGAACUACACGACCGGUAUCUACACAACUUCGUUGAGCAUCUGGAGAAUCUUCAACACAAACCAUGA